AUGACGGACAGGAUAGGAAUCCCCCUUUUAGCCCAACGUAUUGCCCUCGGUCCAGACUAUGAGGCUUUUAUAUUCCGCAAAUUUGACCAGCUCAGCGCACGAAAUCUCCUCCACCUAGAGAGCAGACUUGGGUAUCUCGAGUAUAAACUAGACCAAGCGGAUAGGCAAGCUGAACAUGGACUAGAUAAUGAAACACGCCGUUCUAUCCGAGCCUGGGAGGCCUUCGAGGAGAAUGCAAAGGAUAAAGAUCAAGAAGCAUUGCUGCGUCAAAACCAAAUAGCGGCGCUCGAAGGACCCAGGAAACGGGCUUUAGAUGUUGUAUGCGAUCAGUCUUAUAUAAAUGUAUAUGACUCUUUCGGGAACAAGUCUAGUCGACGGCCCAUCCUAGCGGGCCUCUCCGAGAAACGGCUUUCCGAACAUAAUCAUCGAGAUCUUGCCGCUCUUAGACGGACGCCUGAUAAGGAUCUCCUCUCACGAUUCUUACAAGAUCAUUGGAUGUUUAAGCACUGUCGUGGCAGCCUCCUGCUUGGAGCUAUAGUACUUCUGAGUCUUCUAACUCAAAAGAACGCACAGCUGGGUGUCAUUGCCAUGUUCACGGUGCUCUUUGCAGCCAGUGUUGGAGUCUUGACGAAUGCACGAAUGGCAGAGAUAUUCGCCUCAACGGCUGCGUAUGCCACUCUACUUGUUGUGUUUAUAUCAUCAUCGCCGUCAAAUCCAGGGAUGGGGAUCUGUACUUGUGUACCUACACACUAA